AAACUGUCUGUGUCUUCUGGUUGCAGACAAGCCGACGGUCGGAAAGUCCUGCGGUCGAGCAUACGGGAGUUCCUGUGCAGCGAGGCCAUGUUUCACCUAGGGAUACCAACAACGAGGGCUGGAACAUGUGUGACAUCCGACUCCAAAGUCAUCCGUGAUGUAUUUUAUGAUGGGAAUCCAAAAAGUGAAAGGUGUACAGUUGUUCUGAGAAUAGCUUCUACAUUCAUAAGAUUCGGUUCUUUCGAAAUUUUUAAACCUACUGAUGAAUACACAGGACGCAAGGGUCCCAGUGUUAACCGAAACGAUAUUCGAAUACAGAUGCUUGAUUAUGUGAUCAGCACUUUCUAUCCAGAAAUCCAGGAGGCUUAUUCAGACAACAGUAUUCAGAGGAAUGCUGCUUUCUUCAAAGAGAUAACAAAACGGACAGCGAGAUUGGUUGCUGAAUGGCAAUGUGUUGGGUUUUGCCAUGGCGUGCUGAAUACAGAUAAUAUGAGCAUAGUUGGACUAACCAUCGACUACGGCCCUUUUGGAUUUAUGGACAGAUACGACCCUGAGCACAUUUGCAAUGGUUCUGAUAAUACAGGGCGCUAUGCUUACAACAAGCAGCCAGAGAUUUGCAAGUGGAACCUGGGGAAGCUUGCUGAAGCUCUAGUUCCAGAGCUGCCCUUGGAAAUAAGUGAACUCAUCCUGGAAGAGGAAUAUGAUGCAGAAUUUGAGAAACACUAUUUACAGAAGAUGAGGAAGAAAUUAGGCUUAAUCCAACUGGAGUUAGAAGAAGAUAGUAAGCUGGUGUCUGAACUCCUUGAAACCAUGCAUCUCACAGGUGGAGACUUCACAAAUAUUUUCUACUUGCUGAGUUCAUUCUCAGUAGACUCUGAUCCUUCAGAAUCGGAAGAUUUCUUAGAAAAGCUUAUGUGUCAGUGUGCUUCUGUGGAAGAACUGAAAGUUGCUUUCAAACCGCAGAUGGAUCCAAGACAGCUCUCCAUGAUGCUAAUGUUGGCUCAGUCUAACCCUCAGCUAUUUGCAUUAAUUGGAACAAAAGCUAAUAUAAAUAAAGAAUUAGAACGCAUCGAGCAAUUCUCUAAACUGCAGCAGUUAACAGCAGCUGAUUUACUCAGCAGAAAUAAAAGACACUGGAAAGAAUGGCUGGGAGAAUACAGAGUCCGUUUGCAAAAAGAAAUAGAAAGUGUUGGUGAUGCUGAUGCCUGGAAUACUGAUCGUGUGAGGGUCAUGAAUUCAAACAAUCCAAAAUAUAUCUUGAGAAACUAUAUUGCCCAGAAUGCCAUAGAAGCAGCUGAAAAUGGGGAUUUCUCGGAGGUAAGAAAUGUCCUGAAACUCUUGGAGAAUCCAUUCCAAGAAGCAGAAGGCUUCAGGGAGGUAAAGGAAGAUGAAGAAGAGGAGGGGGCAACUGCUACAGCAGCUGCUUGUGCUCAGGAGACCAGAAGCAGACUACCAUAUUGCAGUAAACCUCCGCUGUGGGCUUCGGAGCUCUGUGUUACAUGAUCUUCGUAACUGCCUUGUUUUAUUUUUUGCUGUGAACUGAAAACUCUGAUCUUCCUUCAGCAGUGAAGAAUUCAGCAAGGCAGACAUCAAAGUGCUAUUGAGUUAUUGAAACAACCCUACAUUUGGAUGCAUCCGCAAUGGCCUUCAGCUGUGCUUAAUUUGAAGCAAUCGUGCAUCAUCGGAACAAACCGAUGACUAUCGGCAGUCCCUUUACAUCAGUAAUUUAAAUGUUUUGAAACUGAAAGUCUUUCCUUUAUUGUCAUACCGCAUUGCAGGUAGAAAGCAAUAUUUUAUGUUGAGGCAGGCUGAAUUUCGAACAUCCAAAUGGAGUUGUUGUUAUGUGAAGACAAAAAUAGCAAGUCAGGAAUCUGAUCUGUUUUUGUCUGAUGUCUUAACUAAUAGUACUUCUAACAUUUAUUUACCGCUUUCUCUAUGCAGGGACUUCUAGUCCUCUUCAGUGGAGGAAUAGAUUCAUCGUUGCUUGUUUUAAGCUGUAUUUCAUUUAAUUAAGUAGUUCAUUUCUUGUGAACCUUCAGAUUGAUAUUUAUCUAUUUUUAGAGAAUUUGUGCAGGCUAGGGUUUGGGGGAAGCAAUUGAAUGUGGUGUUGAUUUUGUUUGUUUUUUAAUACAAUAAGAGCAGAAUUAAGGGAGACUAUAUGUGUUUGCACUUGAAAAUCACAGUGGUAAAGUUUCUUCAGGUUCAGUAUGCUUGCUUACAACAUGUAAAUAUUGACUAAAAUCAUGGGUGCAGUUGGUAAGCCAGUUGACUGGGGCAAGGUCAAUUAGCCAAGUCAGCAUGAACCUUGAACUACGCCAGUACUCAAAUCCAGGCUCGCUGCCUGUUGGUUUGUGUGCUCUGAACAGCAUCUCCUUGUGUGAGAAGCACGCAGGUGGGUACCUGUUGGUUCACGCUGGUCAGUGGGAGUCUUCCAUUCCCGCUCUGGUCUUCUACCACUUACUUUGCUUCCCGCAGUCUUUGAAAAUCUUUACGCUGAAAGUUGCCGUUCGGAAACAUGCUAUUUGAGCUUGUGUAAAAGGUUAUAGAGGGUAUGGGAGGAGGAUGGGAGCUGACUGGCUUUCAAGUUACUUAUUGAUAGUGUUUCAGUUGAGGUUUCAGGGGAAAGUUGGUUGCCAUUAUUGCCAGGUCAGCAAAAAUAAGUUGUUCCUUAGUUAUUACUUGGCUUUCUGAAUUCUUUUCUAAAGGACUCUGUGCCUGAAAUCUUGGGAGAAGUUUGGUUUAAUGCAAAGGUUUCUCUUUUCCAAAGAGGCCACCGUCUUACACUGUGAGUUUAAGUGUAUUCUAGUAAAUGCUUCCUCCACCCCUGUGCAAGCUUGGUAUUAGCUCAGGUUGAAUUGUGCUCUCUUAAGUCUUCCUCAAAAUACGAGCUAUCAAAAACCAGGGAGAACAGUUGGGCUACUGCUUAUCCAUCUGUACUAGCGAUCAGUUUGUCCUCCUUGCUGCGAGAGUAAACAGGUGAUGCUUUGAAUGUAAACAUCCUUCUGUCUCGCCUUCGAACUGGAGAAACUGAUGCCGAAUAAUGAUUUGUGACAAACCAGAAUCUCUGACAAACGUGGCACUUCCUGUGACGUUUUGGAGUCCUUACAGAAAAGGGCAGACCUGGUCCAUGGGAGAAUGGUGUAGUUGGAGGAGGAAGGACCUUGAAGAAGUGCCAGCAAGUAGUGCUGCUGGUCAUCUUCUAGAGACAGUCCAGUUUUGCUGGAACUUCAGACUGUCAUCAGGGAUUGUCCUUCCUCUGGACUUGGGGGUACUGGAACCAAAACAUUUAAACAGAAAGUCAGUGCUGGGUAAAAAGGACUGCACCAGGGGAGGGAUGGGGAAGGGGGGAAGCGUGCCGGCAAUUUGAAAGACGCUUCAAACAUAGCACUGACACAUUGCAGAACCAGUGGUCUCUUAUGCUACACCUGGUCCAGAAGGGAGUAAUGGGGGCGGGGGGGAAGUUGCUCCGAGGUGGACCACAUAACUCUGUUGAUUUUGUUUCUCAAUUUAUAUCUUUCCUUCUGGGAGGCAGAGGGGAAGAGUGUUUUGGAGGAGCUCUGCCCAAGCUUUUGUCUUAACAGAGUGGUCUAAAAAGUCAUGAUUUUACACCAGUCUUUUUAACAGCAUUCAGUGAUAUUAAUUUGCAGGGUUUGAGUUAGAUCUCUAUUAAUAAUGGUAUGGAGAAGGAGAAUGAUAUUAUAACUAUGUGUUUGGACAUAGGAGAACUUGAAUUAACUACCAAAUUAUUUUGCUUUUAAAGAUGCAAAUUAUUUUGCACCUGUAAUGCCAAAAUCACAGAGAGAGAUAUACCUUGAAAUAAUUUGCUAGGAGUUUUAUCCUUAGAAAGGGAAAUUUAAUAUAACAGUAAGGAAUGGAAAGUGUGUCAUUUCCUGCUAAAUACAUUCUUUGCUUACAUAUAGAUCAAGUGCAAGAAAGCUUGAAAUGAAGAAUGCAGACCCUUGGCGUGGCUGCUUUGGUGUGCCACUCAGUGAAGUGGUAUCAUCUGUGAUAGAUGCAGCAU